AAUGGGAGGCUCCGUUACAUCUUCAAAUCUAGGUCGGAGAGGGCGCAGGCGUCAUCAAGAUGGCGGACAAGUUUACGAGGAAGAUUUUCUUUUCCGCCGAAACAAUUUCCAUUUCGCACGAUCGGUGGUGUCUGCUGGCCCUCUGAGGCGCUCAAAUUGUGGAUUUAGUUGUCAGUAUCCCGAAGGACAGUGUUAUUCUAGAAAGAAGGCAGCAUAUCUGUUUGGACUGUUGUAGGUUGGGAUAGGAGUCACCAUGCCACGCUACGGCGUCAAAACAUACAGUCGGGGAGCCAAGCCCAAGGUGGAAGAACCCACCAGUAAGUUUGACCAGGUAUUUGGCGGUGAUUCGGGGAAGCGUCCUUUGGCAGCGAAAGCCUCCUCCAAGACACAGAAAUGGGGUAACACGACGUUCACUGCCGUACGUAUGACGCGGAGGCACAACGUAGAGAACGAACAGCAAGUUGAACACAAGCGAAGGCGGUUGAAUAGCGACGACCCUUUCAGUUUUGACAGCAGCGAUGAUGAUCACUCUUCUCGAAGGGGGCUGCGGACUUCGCCCCGCAAGAAUAUUCCAGCGGAGGAGCAUUCGUACACGUCGCUGUGUAAGCCCGCUCCGCCGAGUAUGGGAGAGCAUUCGUAUACUGCCCGAUCUGUGCACAAGCCGGUACAGCCCAAAGCGACAGGGGAUCAUGCAUAUGUUUCCAUGCAUAGACCUCCAGUUCAGAGUGUAAAAGACGACCACACUUACCUAUCCUCGCCUCAGAAAAAGCCUACCAGUGACCACGCGUACUCAUCUAUCCAGAAGCCUUCGGUGCGAAAUGCGUCGGACGAUUAUUCUGAUCACUCCUACGCACACCAUGUGACAACAACCUCAGUGUUAACACCGCAGCCAAAGGCAGUUUCUCUGAGUGAAUCUGCCGAUCAUUCGUACGCAGCUCAUUCCAAGCCCGUGGCGACCAAGAACGCGCCCAGCGAACAUUCAUACGCUGCUUCUUCUAUGAAAUCCAACGUGUCAAAAACAAAACUGAAAGAAGGUAAGGUGACGGCAGAGUUAUUGUUUGACCGGGCCGUCGCUGCAGUUUCCAAAUCCAAUCAGGCAGCUCAAAACUCUCCCAAGGACAAUUUUGAUAUGCCAUCAUCGAUAUCGCGUUCAAAAGUAAAAGAGACACCCGCAGCUAAAGUUGAAGACGACCCAUUCAUUUUUGCCUCCCCGAAAAAGAAUAGUGUCAACUCAGGGAAAGACGCUUUCGAUUUUUCAGACUCCGAGGAUGGGCUUUCGUCAGAUUCAGAGAAAAAGGAACAGGGUAGACCGUCGUGGAGUGGAUUAACGAAUAGCAGUAGUGCAGUCUCCAGUAAUUCAAACUGGGCACGCACUUGUGUUAAAGUGGAUUCAAGUGGGGUAGGGGCAGGCAGCAGCAAUAGCAUGACCUUGGACGAGAGAUGGGCAAGCAUCACCAAGUCACGGCCUCCCGUUAGGUCGUACACCUGGAACAGUUCGCAGUCCUCGGACGACGAUGAGUCCCCGAAAUGGCCCGGCCUUCCCCAAACAAGGACGAUAUCCGGGGGACAGCCGAGGGUCCGAAUUGUGGUGGGUACGGCUAGAAAGGCAGCUCCAACUACGGCUAGUACAUCAACAACCAGUACUGCAAGUAUACCAGUGUCUUGUGUUAGCAGCAAGGUUGGUGCAACUGUUGCCAGUAAAAGUACCGUGUGUACGACACAGGCUCCUGUUGCCUCAGCAGCCAACAAGUCACAGACAGCUCUGAAAGCGUACGCUUCGAGACUCUCGUACGCACCAUCGUGCGACGAGGGUUCAUUACCGUCGUCCUCACAGAGUUCUACAAGCAGCAAGUUGUCGUCAUCACAGCCGAGUACGAGCGGCUUUGCCUCUCUGUCGCAGCCGAGCACCAGCAAGGGUAGCCAGGGCUUGCCGUCCUCACAGUCAAGUGCACGAGACGAGGACCCGUUCGGGUUUGAUGAAGAAGAGCUUCCCUCGCGGUCCCAACCAACUGCUAGUGGGGAACCCAGGAAGCCACGCAAAUUCUACAGCCCUAAAAAGUCGCCUGCUAAGGUGAGGUACAAUCCCCGCCCAUGGCAACCAAGCACCUCCGAGAGCUUUGACCCAACUCUGAUGCCCCCUCCUCCCCCACCAAAGGACGCGGAAGUUUACGAGGUUGACGAUGAUGAUGAUGAUGAGCCUGCCACCGCGCCCCUGCUGCUGACACGCAGAACGUCGGUGGCGCAGCGUUCCCACCAUGCACCAGUCACAGCGCUGAGGGUUCCUCGCGAACAAAAAGAGCUGUACACUGUGGUGAGUAAUGUGAAGAACUAUAAUGACUGUAUAGAGCUGGGAGAGAGCCAGGAGUUCUUGGAUGACAUUGAAUACCUGCUGGAUGGACUCAAGAACACAGAGAGUGCUGGAACAAGAUGUCUAAGUUUGAUCAGUCUGGCGACCAAGUGCUUGGCCCCGAUCUUCCGCCUACAUUUGCGAGCAAACAGCACGAUCAACAAAGUGUUUGGGGAACUCCAGGACGCUGCAUCAGAUCCGGCCCUGUCCCUGUGCACAGCCCUGCUGAUGUACAUGUUGAGUCGUGACCGGAUGAACAUGGACCUGGACUCCACCUGUCUGCAGCUCAUGAUCCAGCUGCUCAGUGUGGACGCCCAGCCGGCCGAGCCAACAGGCGGGGCCGUACAGGGGCGCGAGUACAACAAGAUUAGGGAGAAAGUCCAGCAACUCUGCGAAAAGACCAACAACAAACAUUUGAAGAUGAACACCAUUUCUGCGGGUUUGCUGGCCAUGGAGUGUCUGCUGACCUUGACCUCUAAGCGUGCAGGUGACGCCUUUAAGGAGGAGGUCAGGAAGUUGGGUGGUCUGGACCGUCUGGCAGAUAUGGUGAUGGGUUGUGAGGCGUGCCUUGGUGAUGGAGAGAAGAAGCCAGACGAUCCGGCCAUGCUGCGGCUCAGGAAGAUGGACAGGUGUCUACGGGUGCUGGAGAAUGUGACAUUCAUGAACACGGACAAUCAGGGGUACCUCCUCAACUACAAGUCUGCGGAGCUGGUGGGCGCUGUUGUUCGGGCGCUCAAGUCCUUCACCAAAAUGUGCGAGCACUUUGCAGACGACGACUCGCUCCCGCUGAACGGACAGCAUGAGGACGAUGACAGCGUGCUGGCCACGCCGGGCACGGUCGUACGCAGCUGUCUGCUGGCUCUACUCAGGGUGCUGCUCAACCUGACUCAUGACAACGAGUGGGGUAGCACCAAGGUGGGAGAACAGCCUGGCCUGCUGAAGACAGCUCUCCUGUGUGUGCUGCAGGCACCACAGUACCUCCCUGCAGAACAACGCUUUGACAUGCAUGUACUGGGUUUGGGACUGCUCAUCAACCUUCUAGAACACAGUGCCAAGAACCGCCUUCUGCUGACGGAAACGCGAGCUCCGUUUGCGUACGAUUCCGUCGGCACCAGUCCAGAGCGUCGAGCCGUAGAAACCACCGCAGUGGAGGCUUUGAUUAAGUUGUUCUUAGACAGAGAGGCGGCCGCGCGGGAAGCUGAGGGGACGACAGAGCAGGCGGAGCAGAGCGGGGAGUGGCGUGUCACGGGAGACGGGCUGGAGUGGGUGAGCGGGGACAGUAAGGAGGAGGAGGAGAAGGAGGAGGAAGAACCCAGCUCACAGGAGGAUGAGAAGGAUGUACUCUCAAAAGCACUUCACAAAGCAGGGAAGCACAUGGAAGACAGUAUUGUUUCGUCCUACGUAGCACUGCUGCUGGGGUGUUUUGUACAGGAGAGUGAGGGUAAUGUAGAGGCAGUGAGGCAGCAUCUUCCCAACGGAGACUUCAGCAGGAUGGUCACCAUGCUGAAAAAGUUCCUGUCCUUCAUCAGUCUCACGAACGCUGUUGGAAACAAAGGUGACAUGAAGAUAGCUCACAUCAUCGAUGUGUUGGAGGAGUGCUAGCCACUGCCAUCUUACCUGUACAUAUCUUUCUAUACAUAUAAUAAUACUCUUCUCAUGGGAGUUCUGUAGCUAUGCCCCAACUACUCCGAUACACAACAAAGAAAUAUGGGACCAUUUUUGACUACUGGCCCUAAUGGUAAUGUGACAGUGUACAGACAAAAAAAACUUAUAGAUGAUCAUUGUUGAUUUUGUAGCUCAGAUGACACAUUCCACCCAAAUGUAGAAUAACUUCACCGAACACAUUUUCACUCUAGGUACAAAUGUUUUGUUUUUUUCCCGUGUUUUUUCGUACAUAUGAAGAAAAGUCCAUUCAGGGUGUGGAAAGUACUCUAUAUAUAUUGGUACGUUCUUGGAGUGGGGAAACAUUUCCUGGCUGGCUUCCUUUCUUUUUUGGUUUGGUAGUCAUUAUGCCAUAACUGUUAACCUAUAUACCCCGGCACCUUGGAUAACAAAAAGGUACGAUCCACAACUGAGGGGUCGCUAAAAAAAAACGUGCAGGCCAAAUAAACUUUGAAGACAGUGGAUACAUUAUUACAUUGUGUUACAGUAGUAUAUAUGUUGUAGUAUAUCUAUGUAUAUAUCUAUAAGAUCAGGAAUUUUGGUUCAUAUUUUAUGUGUCAAAAUCACAGAUAUUGACAUAAACCAAUGUGUGAUACCUACUUCAGUUACAAUAACCUGUGUGUAUGUUAUAUUUCAUAGUACAUGUAUUACCUGAGGGAUUUGAACCGUAAACCCCUGGUUUUGAUGCAGACAUGUUGAAGAUACUGCCAGACUUACACAAUUUGUGCUUGUGGAUCUAAAGAAUGCCCUUGAUGGUAUGAAAGAACACUUCUAACUUUUGCCAGCUUGGUGGUGUUUCCCCAAUAAAAGUUGACUUUGUGACAAGAUAUAUUUAUAUGUACAAUUGCUGGGUUUGGGAAAAAUUGUUCUGU